CUCCCCUCAGCCGCCGCCAUUCCCGUGUUUUCGCCCUUAUCCAGUGUGUGUGAGAAUUAUCCGGGGUGUAAGUGGCCUGUCUUCUCCCUGGAGAGCCCACCGCUCUCCACACCGCUUCCACACUGCGACCUCUACGCCAGCCCUGAGGGAGGAUGGAGUAUCUCUGAAGGGGCUUCUGCAGUUAUUCUGGCAUGCAGUUCUCUCGUGGCUGAUGCUGGUGUACAGCUGGGACGGCACAGAAGGAACCUUCUCAGUACUUGGUUUUGCAGCAGCCUAGGACAGGAAGCUCAUUUAAAGAAACAGAAAGGUCUUUACUACCUGUGGAAAGAGAAGCAAGAUUUGUAUGCUUUGAAAAGAUCGUAAUUUGCUGCCAUUUAAUUCUAACAACCCAUCUUGAGGAGAUUCUGUUGUAAUGUAUCCAGUGGCUGUUCCUGCACCAGGAGGUGAAGGAAGUAAUGGACAACAUGGGAAACUUAUUUUUUUCCUUUUUGUUUUUGGAGCUGUGUUGCUGUGUGCUGGAUUCCUUCUUUCAGUCUUUAUUCUCCAGUCAUGUCCAUCUGGAAGCUUCAGUGACUGUAACGAGGUCCUUAAGGCUGCUGGGCCAGUGUUGGCUGUAACUGGACUGGUUUGUGUUUUACUGGCACGAUCAAGGGCCAGGAUGUAUAUAAGACAAAGACAAUUGCAAAAUGAGCAGGUGUACAGCCUUGUGUUUUGUCGUGGGAACUGCCAGUUUGCCCAGUUUCUCAUAUUUGGAUUCCUGUUUUUAACUAGUGGAAUGUUAAUUAGCAUCCUGGGCAUUUGGGUUCCUGGUUGCAGCCCUGGCUGGCAUACGAUACAGCUCAACCACACUGGCACUUCUGACAUGGACCUCCAGGGCUGUGGAUUCCUGUCACUUCAAAUCAUGGGACCUUUGAUUGUGCUCACUGGGUUGUGUUUCUUCGUGAUAGCUCAUGUUAAAAAGAAGCAAAACUUAAAUCUCAACCAAGAAUCCUGUGAAAGUGAAGAACAUCCUCAGAGCCCUGAAUCUUUUCAGGUUACAGUAGGUGAUGCUGUGAUGUUAUUCCCACCCCCACCACCUCCAUAUUUUGCUGACCCUAUGUCACCAACUGUGACACAUUGUCUUAUGUCAAGUGUUUUACCUACAAGUGAAAAUCCUCCACCAUACCACUCUAUCUUCAGUGAUGGAGCGCAGCUUGCUGAUGAUGAAAGAACAGUUGCUGUUAGAGACUAUGAAUCCAUAUAUACAAUUUCUGGAAGCAACUCACCUUCAGAUAUUUUACCAAUGCUAUACCUUUCUUCCGAAUCACCACCAAAAUAUGAAGAAAAAGCAUCAAUAACAAAUAAUGAAUAUUUGCCAUCUUCUUCCUCAUCUUUUUCAUCUAUUUCAUUAGCCACAUCUGACACCAGCUCAUAAAGGACUGUCAGUUCACUUGAUUUUUAAUUAAAAUGUACACAGAGAUUUACAAUUUUUGAAUUUAUUUACAUUUUAUAAUAAAAGCAAUAAUGUUGGCUGUGUCUAAUUUUUCAUCAGAAAGAAUAAACAAUGAGCUUGGAAUUCAAGAAAUACUAGAGAAGGCUGGGCCUCUGCUAAAGUAGUCCGAAGGGAGUUCACUGCAAGAACAUUCAUUAAACUCUCAUCUUGUUCUGUUACA